GUCGGUAGCAGUGUAUUUCCUGCUAAAAUGUGUGACAGGGCUCGGUUAUAAUAUUUGUUUAUGGCUCGCCAUAAACGUGCAAGCGAGCUCGUCCGGGCAACAGGUGGAAUAUAUGGGUCACUGUGUGAACUAUUUGUUUUAUUGUGUCAAGCUACUCGCUUUUUUUUUUUCUACAGCUCUCAUUUUAGACAGGACCAGAUUAAAAGAAAACACAUAAAAAAACCACAAAUAAGCUAAACCUUUGCGUGGGUUAGGGUUAGGGUUAGGCAAGAUGUCACCCGUUUAUAAAGAAACAAAUGCAAACAAAAACCGUCAGUGCAGUCUGUGGAAUGUGGAGCAGUGGAUCAUUUUAGCAGUAUCAUUAACUCAACUAAUAAGUAAUAGUCGGCCACAGCUCAAACAUACUGAAUGCAAUUGUGUAACAGAUACUGGGAGUGUACCGUGUAAUUACAUGCCAUUAUGACUCUGCUAUUUUGCACAUACAACUUCUUCUACGAAAAACAGCGGAGCUGGUGCAUUUCUGGCAGGAUCCAUUUACAUAGGAUGCAAAUAUACUUGUGGUUGCAUCUGAAACAUGGCAUUAUUUGCCUUUUGCAUUUAUACAGCAGUGUCAACCUUAGGAAAAAAAAAAAAAAAAAGAAAGUAACAUCAACUGUCAAGUGUGAGUGUUGAUAGAAAAUGUAGAAUCGGGCUCUGGAGGAAAUGAGGACAUCGCACAUGCGUUCUUGCUACCUGACUCUUUUUGAGCAUCUGAGGUGAAGACGCUGCACAAAGUCCAAAAGAAAUGCGAUUGCUAUCGCAGUCGGUAACUGGUCCAGUGCACUGCUUACACAACCUCUAAACUAUGCUGGGAGUGAAUUGCUUUGCGUCACAACUUUUUAAUAGCCUUGGAUAACUUGUAAAGUUGAUUUCAGAGGUGUAUUAAACGCUGUUUUAUCGUAAGACCUCAAGCCUGGUUGACCCGGCGACACUUGUGGCCGCCACGGCAAAGAUGGAUACUGUGUGCAUACCGCAGUGACAGACGCAUUGAAUUUCGCGUGGCUGCUACACAAUGCCUGUUGAACGCCGAUGUGAUGUGAAGCAGCAGCCAAACCAAUUCAGCCGGCGUGAAUCCCCGCUCUCCUGCCUCGAGCCCCGGGCCAUGGUACAUCAGAGUGGAGAAGCUGCAAUAUGAGUGUAUCUACAUCCACCACCUUGGACAGCCAGCUGACCCCUUCCUGGGUUCCUACUAACUCCUACCCCGAUGUUUCGCUGCUGAUGCCCGGUUACACAAGUCGCCUGUGGCCUCAUGACUCUCACCCUCAGUUCUGGAGCAAGUACCAGGUGUGGGAGUGGCUGCAGCAGGUCAUGGACAUGCACCAGAUCGAUGCCUCCAGCAUUCCCUUCCAGAACUUCGACAUAGACGGCCAUCAGCUCUGCAGCCUGAACUACCAGGACUUCGUCCGUGCUGCCGGCAGCGUCGGACCCAUUCUCUAUCACAGCAUCACGGAGCUCAAGUGGGGCGGGCAGUGCCAUGUGGAAAUAGGACAACUGGAACUCAAACCGGAAUUAGACUAUUCCUGUCCAUUUCCUGAUGCCAGCUAUCCACCCGGAGAAAUCUAUGAUCCGCCGCCUCACACGCUCGCUCCCGCCGUCUCUCCCACCCCUUCUAGUCCCGACAUCAAACGGUCUUUCAGUCGUCCUCAUCCGGCCAAAAAACACAACCCCAGGGGCACUCACUUGUGGGAGUUCAUCAGGGACAUUCUACUGAACCCGGACAGAAACCCGGGCCUGAUCAAGUGGGAGGAUCGGACGGAGGGGGUUUUCCGCUUCCUGAAGUCGGAGGCCGUGGCGCAGCUAUGGGGCAAGAAGAAGAAUAACAGCAGCAUGACGUAUGAGAAACUAAGUCGCGCCAUGAGAUAUUACUACAAAAGAGAAAUCCUGGAGCGAGUGGACGGACGCAGGCUGGUUUACAAGUUCGGAAGGAACGCGAGGGGAUGGAGAGAGUCGGAGAAGUGACAAUUUCAUUAAGUUAUGUUUGGCGUUGUAUGAAAUAUGUGAUGUUUUAUUAAAGUUUUCACUGACCGGUUUUGAUAAAGAUAUAUUUGUACACGUUGUGUGUUUUUUUUCUAUCUACUUUUUUUUUCUUUUUAUCUAUUUGUUGUUUUACUGCACUGACACGUUCUUUACUUGCUAGCGGUCCAACCUCACAUGUGUUUACGGAAGUUCCUAUUGAAGAAAGUAAUGUCAGAACUGACAAAAAAAUGUAACAGCCCAUGUGUGUGUGUAUAUAUAUAUAUGUUUUCCAAAUCUCCCAAAGGAGCACAAGUUGAUAUAAGAUUCAAAGCACGUUGGCAAACAGAUGUAUGUUGAGUGUUUUGUCGACCAAUACUGUGAAGUGUCCUUUGGGUGAGGAUGCUUGGUCACUGCUAGGAAGUCAGUAGCAUAACAAAAGUGACGUGCCGUGAGAACGAUGCAGCAAUGAAGUAACAGAAUGCAUAAGCAAGUGAUAUAUAUAUAUAUAUAUAUAUAUAAAUAUAUGUAUGUGUACAGCACAAUAACCAAAAAGUUUGUUUUUAUUGAUACUUCACAUCGGUUGAGCUGUCAUGGAAGUUAGUGUGUAAAUGUUUGUCUAUGUUCAAUACAAAUAAAGUUUGUGAUGGUUUUUA